CUGAUGUUUCACUUCUGUCAUAAUGCAAUUGCGGAUAGGUGUAAUAUUUGUGAGUAUAAUAAAACUACCGAUAGGUGUAAUAUUUGUGGGUAAUAAAAUUUGCUUUUAGAAUAUUAGAGAAGGAGGGGAUGAGAUUUUAAACCAUUUUCUUUCUCCACAUUCACCUAGUCCUCUUUCAACAGCUUUUUCGUUUCAACAAAGUUCUAGGUACAUAAUUCUGCACAUGAAGACUUUUAGAGCUUCAGAGGAAAGCAAAACAGCUCUUGGGUACAUUAUAAAUCCAGACACUGCUGAAACAAUUAGGAACUUCCCCAUCUAGCAGUUAUGGCUUUGCAUGGCUACAUUUCACUUUGAAGCAAACCCUUAACCUGUUAGGGCUUCAUUGCACAUAUUUGGAUGUAAUAUAUAUAAUUGCACCUUCCAGUGUUUGUUUUGUUUUGGAGGCUGAAAGAACCUGAUUUCUUUUUGUCUACUCAAACUAGCCUGAAAGUCUCAGGUAGAUUAAAGGACACACUCCUUGAAGUAAGAUUGAAUGGCCAGUUCAAGCAGCUUUUUCUGUAUGAAAUGGAUGUGCUCAUGUUUCUCAUCUUAGGCAACUGUAGGUCUUGGAUUGGUCCUGUUAACCAGGUUACCAGAAUUACCUUACAAAACCGGAGCACUGGGUUAGAACAACUGUUUUGACAUUGAAAGACUGCUCUUUAGAAACAAAAUCAACAACUUUCAACAUUCAUUUUCAGAUAUCUUAAUCCCACGUUUUGCAAAGCUUUUCUUUGGCUGUCUUGCCGCAAUUUUAAGUGGAAUGAUGUACACCAUAUACCUCUCAACAUACCAUGAACGGAAAUUCUGGUUCUCUGGCAGACCGGCAUUUAUCAGCUUACCCACGAUAACAGCACUCUCUCAAUGAAGACCAUGAAUGUUGUGCGACAGAUGACUUUGUACCCAGAGUUGAUUGCCAGCGUCUUGUAUCAAGCAUCUGGUAGUGAAGAUGUUAUAGAACCAGUAUAUUUUUACAUUGGCAUCGUCUUUGGACUGCAGGGGAUCUAUGUGGCUGCCUUGUUUGUAACCAGCUGGCUGAUGAGUGGGACUUGGCUUGCUGGAAUGUUGACAGUUGCCUGGUUCAUUAUAAACAGGGCUGACACAACAAGAAUAGAUUACUCUAUCCCUUUAAGAGAAAAUUGGGCCAUGCCAUAUUUUGCUUGCCAAGUUGCAGCUUUGACUGGUUAUUUAAAGAACAACUUAAACUCAUCUGCUGAGAGAUUUUGUUACCUACUGGUCAGUGCUUCAACAUACACUUUUAUGAUGAUGUGGGAGUACAGUCACUAUCUUCUGUUCAUCCAGGCUAUUUCUCUCUUUCUGCUAGAUCUCCUAGGUCUUACACAGACUGAGAAGGUACAUGAAGUUUAUAAAAUUUACCUGUUUUCUCUUUUCCUGGGAUACAUGUUACAGUUUGAAAACCCAGCUUUAUUAGUGUCUCCACUGCUCAGCCUUGUUGUAGCUGCACUGCUGGCAAAAUAUCUUCAGAUGAAUACAAAAAAGGGAACACUUCUAUCACGAAUGCUGAAAGUUGUUUACUUUUAUUUGGUAUUCACAAUGACAGUGACUUUAAACCUCGUAGCAAAGACCUUUAUUUCUCAUAAGGAACAUGAACAUUUAAUGAAAGUUCUUGAAGUCAAAUUUGGUUUAAACACAACUAAGAAUUUCACAGUAAAUUGGUUCCUGUGCCAAGAGUCUUUUCAGACACCAUCCCAAGACCUUUUCCUGCGGCUCACUCAGUCUUCCCUUCUGCCUUUCUACAUUUUAGUAUUAAUUAUUUGCCUGGUCUCCGUUGGUCAGGCCAUCUUUAAGAGAAUGGGUGGCCAACCUGUCAGCGAAACAACUACGCUCAAAGUUGGCAGGAUCGGAGAAAGGCCAGAAGUAGUGUACCACGUCCUGCACAGCAUUUCGCUGGGGUUGCUUGCAGUGACAAUGGAAGGAAUGAAAUACGUAUGGACUCCCUACGUUUGCAUGAUUGCAGCAUUUGGAGUCUGUUCUCCAGAGCUCUGGACGACCCUUUUCAAGUGGCUCCGACUAAAGAUUGUACACCCCGUCUUGCUGGCUCUCGUCCUGAGUAUGGCAGUCCCAACAAUCAUUGGCUUCAGCUUGUGGAAAGAGUUUUUUCCUAGGAUAAUGGGGGAACUUACAGAACUGCAAGAAUUUUAUGAUCCUGACACUGUAGGACUCAUGACCUGGAUCAAGAGGCAAGCUCCUAUUGCUGCUGUGUUUGCUGGCAGUCCCCAAUUAAUGGGUGCGAUCAAACUAUGUACUGGCUGGAUGGUGACAAAUCUGCCCCUGUAUAAUGACGAGGAUCUGCAAAAGAGGAAUGAACAUAUUUUUCAAAUCUAUUCCAAAAGAUCCGCUGAUGAUAUCUAUAAGAUACUCACGUCCUACCAAGCCACCUAUCUGGUUAUAGAGGACUCCAUUUGCAAUGAGGUGGGGCCUGUGAGAGGAUGCCGAGUUAAAGACCUAUUGGACAUUGCCAAUGGCCAUGUGUAUUAUGAAGAAAGUGAUGGCUAUGGAUACUCAAAAUACGGACGUUUUUGCCAGGAAAUCAAAAUGAACUAUUCUCCCUAUGUGAACUACUUCACUCGAGUGUACUGGAACAGGUCCUAUUACGUAUACAAAAUUAACACUGUAAUAUCUUUUCAGUCCUGAGAAGGCGUGCAGAUGACAUCAUCUUUAAAGACUGCGAUAAUUUGCAGCAUUCAGAAAAGCAGUGAGGCUAUUUACAAACUUUUCUUUUUUUAUUUCAUAAAUAUAUAUAUUGCCCGGAAGCUGAUACAUAUUAUUGAAUACAUGCAAAAUAGCCCUUAGCAUAUCCAACUGGAAAACUACAGACCAACGGCAGCACAGCAAGAGAUACAAGAUACACUCCAGGAAGAUGACAAUGAAGCUAUGAGUGUCUUCCAAUUUUCCAAAAACCUCUUCACAGCAUUUGUGGUUUUAACCAAUUUUGUUUUGAAAUGUUCAUUGAUUCCCCACCCCCAAUGUCAGUUUUAUAGCAAUUAUUAGCUUUAGCCAGAUUAAUUUACUGUAGUAAAUAGAAGAAAGAUAAUGUGUGAAUUUGUUGGUAAUUAACCCCCAAGCUAUGCACAUUUAUUCUGGUAGGAGGGUAUAGGCUGUCAUUUCUUCUCCUUCCAUGUUUGUGGACUAAAUAGAAAUUGAAAAGGUGAUGGAGAUUUCUUGGGAUUGGGAAGCUAUUGAAAAGGAACCGGGUUUAAGGAUGUUUUAACUUGGGAAAAUAAUAUUUUAGAUCAGGGGAUUCUGGGAGAUCCAGUCAAGUUGAUCAUGCUAUCUGAGAGUUCCUGCGAAUUAUAGUCCUAAAAAGUAAACUUCAAUCUCGGUUUGUCCUUUUCCUGAGGCUAAUUCUUCAUAACCAAGAAUGCUGGCUCUGUUCUGUCUUUGGAUUCAAGACCCUGCCAGAGCUAUUAUUAAUUUUAACGGCACACAGUUAUAUUCUAUAUUUGGCCAAUCGAUCAAUAAUGACAUUGAUCAUGCUCUAAAAAGUCAGCACAAAUAAUAGAGUAUGCGUCUUUGGUUUAUGUUUUGAGAAAUCAAUAUUCCAAACAACUAUCAAAAUGCAUAUAGGUGAUUUUUUUUAAAUGUGCUAAGCAGACACUUUCAUGUCUUUAUAGAGGUCUCCUAGCUGGAAUAAAUAUUUUGAUCCAUAGACAAGAAAAGCUCAGAAUCUUAAAUUCAAGGAUGCUCUGCGUAAUGAUUUUGCAGAGCUCAGCUAUUUCACCGGACUCUGUGCCUGCUUUAACAUAAAGAAGAAUCUCAUAGUUUUUCAUAGGCAGACCUUGGGAAAUGUCCAUGACUUCCAUAAUCUCCCAGUUAACAUAGCUGUUGGUUGUGACAUACUAAAUUGUGACUCAAACAGGUCAUGAUUUAGUGAAAGCAUACUUUUCCCUUCACUCUCCCUUUUACAUAUUCAUUUUUUAAAAACUGAAAAGGAAUAGGUUUCAAUUACAUCUUAACCCAGACUUCUGUCUAAGGAUUUAGUUUUAAAAAAUCUAGCCAUUAUGAGCCAAUUACUGUUAAACCAAGAAGGUUUCGGUGUUACCUUAUGUCAGUGGUUUUCAGCCUGAAGGUCCCCAGAUGUUUUGGCCUUCAACUCCCAGGAAUCCUAACAGCUGGUAAAUGGCUGGGAUUUCUGGGAGUUGUGGACCAAAACAUCUGGGGACCCACAGGUUGAGAUCCACUGCCUUAUAUGAACUGUGGCUUCUUUGGACCUAUUUAACUGUAUCUCUACAUUAAUGUAGAACUUUUUGUUUCCUGCCUUGUUUAUUUGCAUGUAAAAAGGGACAAAUAAGUUACAAGCAUACUGCUCAUGAGCAUAAUUUAUUAAGCCAGGAUUCCUGGCAGUUGUACAGCAGCUACUGACCUUUUUCCAAAUGUGGCCAUUCUCCACAGUUUGCAUUUAGAUGUGCUGUAACUAAGAAGUCACAGAUUGAAGACCAAGCUGACAGGCAACAGUUUGUAAUGUCUUUAUGAGAGGGUCAUUUUUUCUGAAAUAUAUUUGUAUGUUACUUUUUAUGGUUGUUAUUUACACCUUCAGUUAUUGUUUUUUGGUAAUCUGUUUGAUUUAUUGUUCAUUUCUCUGCAUUUUGAUCCAUGGUCUUGUUUUAUUUAGGUGUAUCUGUGAAAACAUUCCCUGAGUGCCUGCUGGGAGGGGUUUUUAUCUAAAAUUACAAUUGACAUUCACCUGUUGACUUUAAUAUUUGUGUUUCAGAUGCAUGUGAAUUACCAUGUAGAGUGAGAAAACACACUAAGCAAGUGUUUGUACCAUACUCUUGAUGUUGAGGGUGUUUAUUUAUGUGUUAAUUUUUAUUUCUGCUAUAUGUGAAUCAAAAUACCUGGCUGCAAAAUUCUGAAAAACGAACCAAGUAUUACAAAGGUCUGAUUAGAGGCUAAAUGUAGAGGUGGUCAUGCUUAGACUGAACCCAUUGGCACCAAUGGGAUGUAAAUUAAUCAUGGCUAACAUCCAUUCUGUAUGAGCAAAAUGUGAAGUAAUUACCUUUCCAGAUUAUAACUUUUGCAGAAUCCCCCCAGUCCUCAUGAGUCAUGCUGGGAUAUUCUGAGAAUUGUAAUCUGGAGAAGCAACACUUCCGUGACACUCAAUAUGACUGAUUUUCUUUCGUUGAAGUUAAAAUUCUGCCGUGUCUCCCAUAGGAAAGUUUCUAGAAUUUUAAUCACAAUGGGAUCGUGAUUUGGGUAUGAAAAAGAUAUAUACACAAAGUACUGUUGAAUGACUCAAUGUAAAACCAACUUUUAUAAUUAAUGUGUUUUUAGGCAGCUUUUUGGAAGUGUGAGGCCUUGUUUUAAUCCUACAGAUAUCCGUGCUCUCUACAAAUGAAUAUAUGUCUCUGAUGGGAAUAUUUCUGUAGCUGCAAAGGUCAACAAAUGCACUGUGGCAAGAUAAGUUAGUUUGGUGUACUAUUUUGUGUUGCUAGAAAUGGUGCUGGCUUGUCUUUUUCUUCUUUUAAGAAUAGGGCUAUACUACUUCUAAAUUUGUUACUGGUAGUGCUUUGUCCAAAUAGUGAUGUCUGUAUGGACCCAUCCUGCAGUGAUGGGAUGAAGCUCAUGUCAGACAGGCCACUGUCUGGUAUGCUGAACCAAUAGAAUGGAUAUUGGCAAGCAUUUAUUGCUAUGUGGCUUCUAAUGUUCAUAUAUUCAUUUUUUCCCCACUACUUAGCUGACUGAAUUCCCAUUACCUCUUCUACCCUAGUAGUUCCACUCAAAUUAUGGUCAGAGUUCAACUGUUGAAAUGGGCUCCCUUUAGGUCAGUGGUGUCCAACCUGUGGCCCUCCAGGCAUCUGGGACUCCACUUUCCACAAGCCUGGCCAUCUUGUCCAGUGGUCAGAAGUUCUGGUUGCUGAAGUCCAAAACACCUGGAGGACCAAAGGUUGGACAUCACUGCUUUAAGUAUUAAUUCAAUGCUGAGUAUUAAGCAUGGGGUGAACCCUCAAACACUGGCACCCCUCUUACUAGCAUAAUCAUGUCCAAAGAGAGCUAUUGUUUUCUGCAUCCAAAUGAUUCAUUCAGAUGAUGUAAAGAGAGCCAUAAAUGUCCAUGUGUUAACAAGUGUAGUGAAAUAUUCCACAUUGAAGAUAAACUUGACCUCUUGUCAAUAUCUUAAUUUGAGCUAUAGUUCACAGAUAUCACCCUGAUCUAAGUAGUGAUGUAGCUUGUAGUGAUUACACUUAUAGAAAAGCCUGAAAGUUUUUGUAUUUUAAGUGCAAGAAAACUGUCAAUUGUUUAAUCAAAACAAAACUGAAAAUCAAAUUUGAAGUAGGUAGGUAAGAUCAAAAUAUAUUUUAAAAAUCACAGUUUUGGAUUAUAGCUCCCUGCACCCCUCAGUCCCCAUGGGCUGUGGUGGGGAGUUCUGGGAGAAAUAGUUCAAAUUAUUUUUCCCACCCUGUGGGGGAGGUAAAGGGUCAACACUUUUCACAAAUCAUUGAGAGUUGGACUUACAGAUCUCAUGCUGGUUAUGGAGUUACGUAGUUUUUAUUUGUAUUUAUAUUUUGUAUACAAUGCAGUCUUUGGAGGCAAUGAGAUUUGGAAACUUUGCCCAAAGUAGCUGUUUGUCAUGCAUACCUGCUGUGGUUCUAAUGAAAGAAGAAAUGAUUGUAGUUCUUAAAUAAGGAAAAGAGUCCAACUUGUUGCUGCAAUGUUCAUCCAGUUGGAAAAAUGUGCCUUGUAAACUUUUAUUAAAGAAGCAAAUGCAA